AUGAUGACGUUAUUUCCAUCAGCGCCGUGUUUGAUCGUUAUCGAGGAAGACGUGAUUCUUUUACGUGGCUUCUUAUACUUCCUCGGACAGCUGUUGCCGCAUUUUUUGAAAGAUCGUACAGCAAACGUCAUUCAUACGUAUAACGAAAACGCUGCCGAAUACGGUGAAUUUUCACUUAUGUAUCGGGUCGAAAAUCACACUGCUGUUGGCGCUUACUUGCUAAAAAAAUCUUUUUAUGAGGAGUAUAUAAAAGAUCGCAAGGUUAAAUUUAUACAUAUGUGUUUAAAAACUGCUGCACUAAUCGAAUGGAACUUCUCAUAUAUGUAUCCUUGGAAAUGCCCUAAUCCAGUCUCCGAGCGUUUUCAUUGA